AUGGCCAAGAAGCGCAAGAGCGGCGGCGGCGUCUCGAGUGGCGAAGCCUCGUCCGACGACCAAUCCUCCACCCAGCGUGACUCUUUCGUCCUUCCCCACUUGGCAUCCACGUUCGUUGCACGUCUCGCUCUCGAACGAAGCAUUGCAUCAUCUGUUCUGGCCACUGCCUACUGGCUACUCGCUACCUCGUCCGCGUGA